UUUCAAUACUUGUAUAUAGGAAUGAAACGAGCGUUUCUUUAACAGGGACCUCCUCAAUCCUCCCUUACCUGAACCUCCACAUGCAACAGCUAGGCAUCACCCUCAAGGAAAUAGCUGUGAUCUCCGCCUUUCUGCCUCUCGCCAAUAUCUUCGGUCCUCCUAUCGCAGGUUUGUUCGCCGACAAAACCGGCAACUACAGACUCGCCGUGUUCCUCAGUCUGGUGCUCUGCCUGGUUUUCCACAUCGCCUUGCUGUUCGUCCCUCCGCGCCUCGGCUCCCAACUCACUCUCGCGUGCGGAGCGGAGGGCCACGCGCUCUCCUCGCGCACGUGCGACCCCUGCGCCCGCCCGAACGACACUGAGUUGUCUCUAGUCCUGGAGAAUUGCAAGUUGAAGUGCGAUUCUCCGCCGCCCGAGUUCGCCGUCUGCCUGCGUGGCGACCCGGAGCCCAGCUGUCGCACCUUCAGCGUCAGCGGCAAGAUUACUAUCAACGGCACUGUGUCCUCACUCCAAGAUGGCGACACGUGCAGUCUUACAGAAAUAGCACACGAAGGAGAUCUCUUCCAAGAAAUGACCUGUCCCUCCGAGUGCCCCGUUGAGUGCCAAGCGACGGGGUCCUUUGAGUGCCACCCCAAAGACGACAGCAAGGACGACGGUUCCGCUACGUUUUGGAUCUAUUUUGCGCUACGAAUGAUCGCUACGUUUUUCAUGGCUUCCCUUUUCACGAUGAUGGACGCCCUCACCCUGGCAGUGGCGAAGAAACACGGCGGCGACUACGGGAAGCAGCGGUUCUUCUUCAUCGUGGGCCUGGCGACGAUUCCGCUCCUGGCCGGUUCCAUCGUCGACUGGAGGAAAGCGUCGACGGGUUUCGCGGACUAUGGGGCGGCCUUCUACGUGGGAGCCGCCCUCACGCUGGUGGCCGGUCUGCUGGUCAUGAGGCUGCAGUUCCAGGUGGAGGAGACCCAAGAGAACAUCCUGAGGAACGUGAUGAAGCUGGUGACGAGGAUGGAGGUCAACGUGCACUUCGUGAUGGUGCUUCUCCUGGGCACCAACUGGGGCUUCAUCGAGAGCUUCCUGUUCCUCUACUUGGAUACUCUUGGCGCGCCGACCUACCUCAUGGGCUUAACUCUCACCGUCGGAUCUCUGGUCGGUUUACCUGUCAUGUUCGUCGCCGACACCGUGAUUGACAAGCUCGGGCGGGCGGCUGUCUUCGCCUUGUCCUUCUUCUCCUACUCCGUCAGGCUCAUCGGCUAUUCGUACAUCAGAGAUCCAUGGCUGGUGUUCAUCUUCGAGGCAUUUGAGAUCAUUACUUAUCAGCUGAUGUGGGUCGCGGCGAUGACCUCAUGUCCGGUUUUGGCACCCAAGGGACUUCUGGCAACCAUGACGGCACUGACUGGCACCAUUCACUUCUCUCUCGGACGCGGUCUGGGAUCCCUCGUCGGCGGGUACCUCAUCGCUGCCAUGUCCUUCCCCGCCGCCUUCAGGACCUUCAGCGCCGCCACGUUCGUCUGCGGGGUAAUCUACGUCGUGGUCCAUUACUUCUACCUGCGGAAGAAGAUUCCACAGAGAGAAGAGGCCGAGGAGAGAGGAGAACCUCACGAAGAAAUUAACCUCAUGCAAGGACGCCAAGAGACCGCUGCCUCCCGCCCCGCCGCCCGCCGCCCAAAGGACUCGCAAAUUUAGACUUGCAAGUGUCAUUCACGAUUAAUCUCUGAAUAACGCAUACAUAUUGCACACACACACAUGUGCUCAUCCGCACGAACACACAUACACAUAUGUGCGAUCACACAUACACGUCCGUUUACAAUGUGUGCGAAAGAUAAAUGCAUAUCCACAAAAGAGGAAGAAUAAUUGUACACACAUAUAUGUAUAUGCAUAUAUACACAUUAUGUAUAUAUGCACAUAUAUACAUGGGUAUACA